CCGUUCAACUCCACGUCCAAGGCGGUACGGUCUCUGUUAGCCCGUUCGGGCCGCUCUAAGCAUUUCGUUAUCGCCCCAGCGAAGCACAAUCAAAUUUGGUGCUCCAGAAGCAUUGUUGGAGUCUCGGCGCCGUCGAGUGUGAUUGAUUUCCGGGGGGAUUUCAGCUCGGCGUUAUUGGGGAGUUCGUACAGCGGAAGCUCUGUGGUUCAACGGAGGCGAUUCCUCGGAUGCGGAGAUGGGGAAGAAGGCGGUGUUUUGUCCAAGGUUUACGAAGAGAGACGCGUAUUAGGGUAUUCCCCGGAG